AUAAGCAAUCCUCUUUGGUAGUAGUCAACGUGGCACCGCGUUUUCUGUAUCCUUUCUUUUCCUUCUUUCUUUGAUAAGAUUUUUCUCUCUCCUUUAAACAAAAUCGUUUACCAUCUCCAACUUAGUCUGACUUCCAUUUUUUAAUUUUUCAGUCUCUUCAACCAUUUCUAAAAGUGCUUAGUUUCAAACGCGCGGUAGCAGCCAGAGCUUUUUUAAAUGGACUUAUCACCUUUAAAUGAAUCACUUACCACGAAUUUUCGGUUAUAGAAACAAAUCAACUACGGAAAUGAACUCCAAGAAGAAGAAACAACCCAAGUUACAACGUCGUAAUGCGGUGAAGAAUUUCAACUACGAUGCUCAACCGUCUUCGUCGUCACCGGAAUCUUCCGAGUCGGUGUCGUCGUCGAUUCUCUGUACUCGAUCGAUGGAUUUUUACGAUCGGAAAAGCUUUAGAGUUGAAGGUGUUGACGGAGAAUUUGAUAUUAUUUGUCGGAGUUUAGGGUUGAAUGGACCGGAGGAUUUCUCGAUUCCGGCGGCGGCUUGGGAGGCGAUGAAGGUUCGGUCUUCUUCAGAUGUUCUGCCGAGGCUGAAUGUUACGGAAUUCGAUGAAACGAAGGUGAGUGAUGAAAUUGAUGAAGUUGGAGUAGUUGAGUGUGAUGAUAGGGUUUUGGUUAGAGAUUCUCCGGCGGAGAGUAGUGUCGGUGAUAGUGGUGGAGAAGUUAAUGUUUCAAUUAGAGAUUCGCCGGCGGAGAGUAGUGGUUGCUGCACCGGCGGUGAAAUUAGGGUUUCGGUUAGGGGUUUUGAUGAGACAAGCAGUUGUUCAACCGGCAGCGGUGGUAUUAAGGGAAUUAGACCGCCGAUGCUUAAGCCGCCGCCAGGGGUUCGGGUUUCUGUUGUGGAUGACACGUGUUCAACGUGGGAUAUUCUGAGGGAUUUUGCUCCGGAAGGGGAAGGAAAAGAGAGAGAAGAAGAGGAAGAGGAAGAGAAGGUAGAUGAAGUAGAAGAAAAAGGGGAAGCUGAUGAAGUGGGAUUGAAGAUAGAAGAAGAGGAAAAUGGUGACAUUAUUGGUGAGUUUUCAAGGUCGUGUUCAUUUACUACUUCACAAGAAGAUGAUUCAUCUAGCACGACGACGGAUACUAGGUCGAAUAGUAUAUCUCCUAAUGUGAGAUUGAAGCCUGUAAUUACUCCUGGGAGUUGGCAAAAGGGUGAGCUUUUGGGCCGUGGUUCAUUUGGAACUGUAUAUGAAGGAAUUUCUGAAGAUGGAUUCUUUUUUGCUGUAAAACAAGUUUCACUGCUUGAUCAAGGGAGUCAGGGAAAACAAAGUGUCGUUCAACUGGAGCACGAAAUUGCACUUCUGAGUCAGUUUGAACAUGAGAAUAUUGUUCGAUACAUUGGCACUGAAAUGGAUGAAUCAAAUCUAUAUAUUUUUAUCGAGUUUGUAACCAAAGGUUCCCUUUUAAGCCUCUACCGGAGGUAUAAACUUCGAGAUUCCCAAGUAUCUGCUUAUACGAGACAGAUUCUGCAUGGUUUGAAGUAUCUUCAUGAUCGCAAUAUUGUUCACAGGGAUAUUAAAUGUGCAAAUAUAUUGGUUGAUGCAAAUGGAUCUGUCAAGGUUGCAGAUUUUGGAUUAGCAAAGGCAAUUAAACUGAAUGAUGUUAAAUCAUGCCAAGGAACAGCAUUCUGGAUGGCACCAGAGGUUGUAAGAGGAAAAGUUAAAGGUUAUGGACUUCCGGCUGAUAUAUGGAGUCUAGGAUGCACUGUGUUGGAGAUGUUAACUGGGCAAGUUCCAUACGCUCCUAUGGAAUGUAUCAGCGCAGUGUUUAGAAUUGGAAAAGGUGAACUACCUCCAGUGCCUGAUACUCUUUCAAGAGAUGCACGCGAUUUUAUUCUGCAUUGUCUUAAAGUUAAUCCAGAUGAUCGUCCCACUGCGGCUCAACUCUUAGACCACAAAUUUGUCCAGAGGUCAUUCUCCCAGUCCUCUGGCUCAGCGUCUCCACAUAUUCCGAGAAGAAGUUAAACUUGUCAUAUCCAAAUAUGGAACACAAUUAAGGAGGUGGACAAGGAGAACAAAAGACUUUCUAACUGGUUUCCGGUGAAAUUCUCAAAUUUCACCUAUGCCAACUGCAGCAUAGGUUUAUUUGAUUAUUUAUCUCUUGAUGACAUAUUUGUCAUUCAUUGGAUUUAAAAUGUUUCCAAUGUUCAAUAUUCAACUUCUUAGAGUAAUUGUUGUAGUAAUUGUUGGUCAUGUGGUGCCUUUUGAAGUCAGAGUUUUCUUGGUUGUGUGUUUUUUUUUUUUGAAAGGGUUUUUGGUUGUGUUGUAGCUUAUAUUUUUAGGCACUGCUUCAGUUCUAGUACUACAGUCUCCGGAAUCGGGGUGCAUGAAUAUCAUCUUUGAGAAUUAGGGUCACUAUGUUGUGUAAUUAUGUGUUGUAUAAUUUAUUAUUCAAUGAUAAUAUGUCUGUCAAAGAACGCUGUAAGUAUAUUAUCAUCAAAAUGUAAUAGGUUGCCACUUGCCAGAGUCUUCUACCAAUUUGUAGGCUAAACUUCUGGGAGCAAUAGGAGCAGAAACUGGACACUUCUGUUGCUAUUUUUGUACAUGUUCUUUUGUUAGUAGGAAAUUAUUAGUGUAUAUUUUUAUUCCCAAA